CGCGCGUUGGGGAGCGAAGAAGGUUCACGUUUCGCCGCGGAACCUUCGCGCGGCGGCCGCUGGAUUCCACCCGGAGCGUUGACGGCUCGAGGACCGGGUGGAAGUGCUGCUCCGAGGAAGAGGGGUGUGGGGGGGGGGUGGGGAAGAGGGUCACCAGCAGUCGGAUCUCGCACGCCCGCUCCGACCUCACCUCGCCACUUCGUCCGUCGGCGGCGAGUCCCUGUCACAGCCCCGCGGGGAGGGGUGUCGUGGAGCACGGGCCUCCCCCACAUGGCGGCGGUCUCAGGCCCGGCGAGCGACAGCGAGGACCAGGCUGAGGGCGCCGGGCGCGCGCUGGGGGCCGAGUUCGAGCGCGCGGUGGCGCGCGUGCAGACGCUCGCGCAUGCGGCCGGCCGCGAGACGCUCCUCUACCUGUACAGCCGAUUCAAACAGGCCAAAUUUGGGAAAUGCAAUGUCCCAAAGCCAGGAUUCUUUGACUUUGAAGGCAAACAGAAAUGGGAAGCAUGGAAGGCAGUGGGUGAUAUGACUGCACAGCAGGCUAUGCAAGAAUAUAUUGCAGCUGUAAAGAAAUUGGACCCAGAGUGGAACCCUCAGGAUUCAGUGAAGGAAUCUGAUCAGAAAUUACGGUUUGGUGGGCCUGUAGUCAGCAGCCUUUAUCAAGAGGAGAUGAUCAGGGAAGAAGACAAAACCAUAUUUGAUCAUUGCAGAGAGAACAAUAUUGACCAUAUUUUGAAAGCCCUUGUAUCCGAGAAUGUGGACGUUAACUUGAAGGACGAAGAGGGAAGAGCUCUACUACAUUGGGCAUGUGAUCGAGGUCAUAAAGAUCUGGUUGGCAUGUUGCUUCAACAAAAAGCUGAAAUCAACAGUCAGGACAGUGAAGGACAGACAGCUUUGCAUUAUGCAUCUGCUUGUGAGUUUGCUGAUAUCGUGGAGUUGUUGUUGAAUUCUGGUGCUGAUCCCACCAUCCAGGAUGGGGAAGGAUGCCUCCCUGAAGAGGUGACUGACUCCAAGGACAUCUCACAGAUGCUGCGACAGUAUGCUGCAUCCAAAGGCUAAUCCCAGGCCUGAUGCCUGACUCCAAAUGGAAACCACAGAAACAAAGAUGUACUGUAACAUUUCAUGGUGAUUGCUUCAUUAUAACAUGCAAUAAUUAAACAGUCAUUCACAAA